AUGCCUCACUUUGCAUACCCUCUUUUAAGAAACAUCAUUAUCAGAAAUCUAUUUGAUAGCAUCAAGAGGAAGCAAUGUCUCCAAUAUUUGAAAACCCUGAGAACACUUCAAUACGAUGGGUUUACAACUGUAUAUUUUGGGGAAACCGAUAUCCCUGAGAGUCUUGUAACCGGGGAAGAUUUUAGUGAUGGCUAUUUCAUGCCAACUCCAACCUGGUGUAUUGUGCACGCCGGGGGUAGUCAAGGGUGGGUGCCUUGGAAAUAUCGGAUGUUCCUAAGGGAUGAGUUGUGCGUCAAACAAGAAGACAGCCUCUUCUUUGAGUUCUGUGAUGUGGUGAAGAAGACCUACGGGAAGUGCGCCAUUGUGGUCAAAGAGAGAAGGCUGCAGGAUGAAAUGAGGCCAAAGGAAGACAAAGAAUCUGAGGCCCAGGCCCAUAUCCCAGCAGUCAUUAACUUAAUGAGCAUCACAUGUUGUCCUGAGGUGGCCAUGUCCUAUGGCCAUAAACUACUCUCUCUGCCUUCCCCUUACAAUCACCUGAAUCCUCUGGACUCAGCCUGGUCUUCUCUGAAAUGGUUUAUCAUCAAUAACAGAAGGGAGUUUUGUUUGCAGUCGGUUGAUGGUGCCUAUUCUUACCAAUGUGUACUCUUCAGUGAUUUAAUUAGCAAAGGAAUUGAAAGGAUAAACCCAAGCAAAUGGAGAACACUAACUAACAAAGUACGAAGAUGGGAAAACUACUAUCUUGGUAAAUUUUCUUUAGGGUGA